GAGAACGAGGACGAAGACGGCAACGAACAUCGUUCUCGUGCUUGGCCCCUCUGUGACACUGCUUCUCAGCUCGUGGCUGCGACGACGGCGUGUGUCGAGGGUGUCCAUGACGAUGAUCAUCGCAAGCAGCUCUUCACCCCACUUUCUCCUGCUUGCCUUUCCUUGCGACUUGAAUCCUUGACCCGGGUCCCAGAUCAACGUGUAGAUGGAUCUUCUGAUCUGCGUUGAGCAGCAUCCUCGUUUCCUCCGCUUUUGCUUGGCAUCAUGCUAGCAUCGACCGCGUCCUCCACUCAUAUUCUGCCAGACCGCGCAGAGAUGGGGCCAGGAGGACCAUUAACGGCAGCUUCAUCGUUGUCGACCCUGAGCACACAAGCGCAAGCAAAUGCACAAUCCAUGUCGACGCCAACAAUAUCCUCGGCGCCCUUCAAUGUGCCCGGCCACUCAAUCUACCUGCUUGAUCCACGCCGCCUUAAUGUGCUCUCCCUCGCCAUCAGCUACUCGACUGUGUUUUCGGCUGAUGCGUCGUAUGCAGAUUCCGAGCAUAUUAAUGCGGUUUCGGGAACAACAUCAGUACCACCGUUACCCCCACCUUCGUCGACAACGGCGGGGACAACAUCAUUCCUCAAUAGUCCAAGCGCUGUUUCGAGAGCAAGCUGGCGCAACUCGACGCAUGCGACAGGCCCGUCGUCGACAUUGUCCUCUUCCUCCUUCGCGUCUACGGCUCCUGGCGCUGGAGAACAGGCCCUUUCUGCAACUAGGUCUUCAUCCUCCGCAGCAGCAACAGCAGCACACGAGAAGGUCACGAGGCGCACACUGCUGGGGCAGCAACAGCAUGAACAGCAGCAAGAACAACAAACGCAGAGUCACCAACAGACGCCACAGCAACAGAGCCGCUUAUGCAAACGCACUAUAAGCAUCGACAUUGGUGCGAAACCGAAGGAUGUCUGGGCCGAGAUGGGCCGCGCGGCGCGCGGCGCUGCGGGUACGAUGAACGAUAAGGCUAACGCACUACAGAUGCAGGUGCAGGCGCAGUUGCAUGGGGCUAGCACUAGCAGUAGUCCUAAUGAGGUUGCUGGCGCAGUCAAUGGACAUGUGAAUGGCUUCCAUCCAGGCAGUGCUGGAAGUAGUGGGACGAGGGGAAGCAAACAUCAGCAACCUUCCUCCUCCUCAUCACUCUCAAUUCCAUCAUCGCCACAACUUCCGACGACGGCAGCUAGCGCGGGUCAGAUGCUCUUGGCCGGGCGCAGCAUCGACGGGACACUCGCACGACGCGUCAGCGCCAUCGCACAGGUUACGGUGCGCCCGCAGAGCAUGACAUACGGCUGCCGCGAAGGACGUCUGAUGGACCCCGAGGUGCCGCUCGACUUUGCGUGUCGCCGUGGUGUCACUGUUGGUGGUGCUGCUGGUGCGUAUGUGCCGGGCGGGGUUCUGGAUGGAGUCGCAGAGGAGCAAGCGUCGAAUGAGCCGCCGAUCGAAUUCCUCGUCGAUUCCGAGGCACCCGUCACGCUGCGCAGUGUCAACAGCGCUGGCAAGCACAGGGGAAAUCAGAGCAAUGGCCUUGCCAAGGGAGACCCGAACAGCACAUCCUCAAAGAGACCCUUCGACCCUUCACGUCUGCUGCUCAAGAUCAGCCCGCCGACGCACGCAGCGCUCGAGCUCUGGCGGCGCGCAGGGCACGGGUGCGGUAGCACUGGCACCCCGGCUGUGAGUGGCAGCGCAGAGCAUGGAGGCGCAUAUAUUCAGCAUCUGCUUCGGUUGAGUUUUCGAUUGCGCUUGAGUGCACAAGGGUAUGCGCAAGGCCAGGCACAGGGUCAAGGGCGGGUCGUCUUCCUGUGCGCCGAGUCGGCGCAGCGGCUCUAUGAUAUCCUCGUAUCCGCAGCAGCAGCGCCUUCUUCGACAUCGACGACGGCAUUUUAUUCGAAUGUGUUCAACUCGGAUGAGCAUGCGUGUGCCGCAGGCGUGUGGCGCAAAGAUGUCGUCGUGCAGUAUCACGUUGGCAGCGUUGGUGUCAGCGCCGGCGUCGGCGUUGCGAAAGACCAUGACUUCGAGUGGUGCUGGUCUCCGCACGCUUCCACUUCUGAUCGCGCGGGCGGCGAUGCGGAUCGAGAACAAGAUGGCUCACCACUCUUCUCACCAGCUUCAGGAACGAAAUUGGCUUGUGCUUUCAUUGAAGUCUCCCCAAGUGGCAAAAUCUCGGUUCUCUCUUACUUCCAUUUUUGGGCUGUUAUCCCGAGCCCUGCUCAAGUUCGCUUAUUGCCGCCCACUGCGAUGACAUCAGUGUCAAUUCCCGCACCGCCAUCUGGCUUGAUCGGGCCUGGGAUUCUAUCGUCAUCAACAACAGCAGCAGUAUCAGCGCCAUCAGUAGCUGUGUCAACGCCGGCAGGAAGGCGGACGCGCAGUUCGGCCUCUCCGCGGACUCUGCACGCUUCACUCGGCCCUGAUGCGCCCUCGAUCGUCGCAGCGCUCCAGAAUCCCGACGGGCUGUUUGACGGCUCACCGGGCCUGGCCAAACAGCAGCAUCUGUCCUCAAGUGCAGGGGACAUACAGCAGUCGCCAUUGCUGGCACGCGGUCAAAGGCGGAGCCAAUGGGCCAGAGUGUCGCCCAGGUCGAACGGUACGCUUGAGCUCCGGCCCUUUCCUUCUCGUUCUUCGACCAGCGAUGUGGCAGAGUUGCAUGUGGAUGCAGCCACAGACAUCACAGCCGGCACUGGCUCCUCUGUGGCAGCGAUGCGAGAGGCAAUCAGUGGCGUUCGUUCCGCGCAUCUAGACAUCAACCGCAUGGACAUUGCGCUAGAAGAUGCUGAAGAGGAUUCGCCCGUCUUUCGCGCGGCGGUUGCAGGUCUGGAGAAGCGCACGGCGAGUGUCAAGAAGGCUUGUAAGGCGCUGCUGCGCGUGUGGCAGGACACACGUACGCAAUUGCUUGCGGCGCAGCAUGCCGAUCUGCAGAUGGCCGCGGCGUUCGACGAGCUCGCUUCGCUCGCACCCAACACGCUUGGGCAACUCAAGCUCAUCUUGCUCGAUCCUACUCGCCAAAAGGACACGGCGAGAGAGAAGGAGCGCAUGGAUAUGCUCGACCGAUACGUCGAAAUCCCCGUGCAGCGCCUGCUGGACCUAUGCCGCAGCGCACAGGAGCAGGUCAAGGUGUUCGAUGCGGAGAGCAAGGCAUACUACGCCUCCAUGCAGAAGUGGAUGUCCUCACGCAGCACCAGCAGCUCCCAUGUUGCCGCACUCAGCGGCCUGCCACCCCCCACUACCAGCCAGAGUGUUCUUGCCGACGCGCAAAGCAUUGUUCGCAGUACCAGCGGCAGCAACAGUAGCCACAGCAGCAAGGUCGACGUGUCCUCUGAAAAGCAGCUAUUGCGCCAUCUCAGCUUCGCCAGGGCGCGCGUCGAAUUGUUUGCAGUCAUGUCUAGGUUGCACGGUGGUAAGGCGGAGCUGGAGCUGUUCAAGGACGUCAUGAGCCUUGCGGCUUGGUGCGCUGAGAGUCCCGGCACUACGUGGGGUGCAACCUGGCCAACUGAAUCGGCGAGGACAACACUAACAUCCUUGCAUGCAGGCAGCAAGUUCACCACGACCCAGGCCGACUUGAUGGAGGAGCAGGUCUUCCUCCGCCUCGCCGAGCUGGAUGGGCAGGUCUCCAGCUUGGAGACUCUGACUAAGGCAGGGAUUGCGGAGGUGGGCGAGCGAACGGGUAUCGAACCUGUUCGUUCCACGGGGCAGCGCAUCAAGAGUCUGCUCACGACACUCGGCAUCUCGACUAGCGGGGGCGGUAAUACCGGUAAACAGCAGCACGCAGUAGACGCGUCGUUUUCAAAAGAACUUACCGCUUCGCCGUCGUCGGGGGUUCGACCUCUAGCGAAAGUCCGUCGCAAAGUCUCGACAAAACUCAGCAUCAGCAGCAAUAACGCAGCCCACGUUUCCGCGACGAGCCUUUCGCAACAGCAGGCACCUGUCACGGCGUCGCUACCAUCAAUGGUUUCGCCCAUGGCGCAGGCGCUCGGUCGCUGGCGAAAUCGAGAGGAUGCCAUGUCACCUGGAGGUAGCGUCCUUCCGUUCAGCCCUAGCAGUCCAGUCAUUAUGCAGACUCCCCUGAGGCAGUCAACAUCACAGCGACACAGCCAUGAUGGUGAGACCUUUGGGGCUGCAGCUGCAGCACAUGAGGACGCGACGGAACGCUUUGCAGGGGCGACGAUGGAUUCAUCGCCCACGCUCACACGACGUUCCAUCAGCAUGCAUGCCCAGCGACCGUCUCUGUACGAUCUGGAAGCUCGUCGGCGUCUGUUUGUUGGACGAUGCACAUCAACGGAUGAUGGCAGUACCACCAGGCACUCUCCUUCCCUCGGUCUUGGCAUCUCCACUGGCGCCACAACUUCCGAGGCUUCGUCUGCUCGCAGUGGCGGCACGUCGAAUCAAUCUGCGCGAGCCCCAAGCCGUUUACCGUCCAUUCAGACUGGCAAAGAUCGUAAAAAGCAAGGUGUGCUAUGGGUCUCAAAGCCUACCAGCGUCGGUGGAGGUGAUAUGCCUCGCAGUGUUGCACGCGCUUAUCAUUGGCACGAGGCCUGGGUGGUCCUUUCUGGCUCUGGACACCUCGGCGAAUAUGCAGAUUGGAAAGACGCUAAAGUACUCGAGCCCUCGGCACCAAUCAUCGACCUGCGUUUUGCCACCGUGCGCGAAGCUCGUGGAUUGGAUCGAAGGUUCACGUUCGAAGUUGUGACUCGUGAUUCGCGCAGAUUCUUUCAAACAGCAGAUGAGGCAGCGUUGAAAGAGUGGAUGACCGCAAUCAGCCGGGCGAUUGAAAGUUUGAUCAACGGCACAAGUAGUGUUCGUCAGGUGGACAAGGUCGUUCGGUCAAGUCAGCGCUGGAGCGCAAAUGGCGAAGCAAUCCAACCAAUGAUAGGCGACGAAUUCGGCCGCGACCGACCGGCCGAGUCGAUUGCAUCUUCUAAAGCUUUCAGUCAGAGCUUGACUGAUCUCACCAACCCUGGCGGCGGUGCCGCGCGUCUCCUUCAAUGGGGCUCUGAUGCUGCGGCUGGACUCCGCAGCAAGCGUGACAGCCGCGUGUUGUCGAUGGUCAGCGAGUCAAAUGCGCCCACCAAUGCUGACGGUGUAGACAAGCUCUACUUAGCUGGGAUUUCGAACAAGACACCCGUCUCGGGCUACGUGCCAAACAUCAGCACCAAACGGGUAUCCAGGGAAAUCAGCGAAAGCGGGCUUUCCGCCGGCUCUGACAUGGAUGCCGAAUUUGACCGGCGCAUCGAAGAAAUGGUGCACAGCAGCUAUGGCUUUGAUGCCGCGAAGCGACGGUCGUCUGGCCACGGUGUCGGUGUAAGCGUCGUGAGCGUCGGGGCUGUCGCGCCUAGUCCCCGAAUCGCUGCUGCUACUGGACGCAGCAAGGAGGCCCGGGCUGCAGAGAUCAGUGAAAUUGCGCGCCGCGCAGAGAAUUCCAUCUGCGCUGAUUGCCGAACAAAAGAGCCACGUUGGGCGUCGUGGGCCCUCGGCGGACAGCCCUGCUGCAUUUUUAUCUGCAUCGCCUGCUCCGGUGUACAUCGCAGUCUGGGUGUGCAAGUCUCCAAAGUCAAGAGCGUCGAUCUUGACGACUGGACCGAAGAACAGAUCGAAGCCGCGAGCCGUUGGGGCAACCUGAAAGCCAAUGCCUACUGGGAGCACUCGCGGCCAGAGACCGCCGUCUGCAGCCGCAGCGAUCAGAGCUUCUGGAUUCAGAAGUAUAGAGACCGGGCCUGGUGCCCACCUUUGUCGCUUCACGAAUGGAUCGCGUCCAAGGAAAACAUCAAACGUGACAGCAUCAUCUCCGUCAGUUCGUUCGCCUGCCAGCCACCGCUUUCCCGAUCGACUCCAUCCCCUGGUGGCCUUCGGCGUUCGAUCACCGAAAUUGACACGCGCAUCCGCCCACAUCCGCCUCCUUCACCGCGGCAUGUGAACACGGACCUCAACAUUCAUACCCCAUCUCGUCCAAACUUUAGUCUUCCGACGACAUCCUGGACACCAUCACCAAAUGGCAUUUCGCAUUUCCGCUCUGCAUCAGCUUCAUUCGCAAACAGCAACAACAAUGCAAAGUCAGCAGCUACGUGAUCUCCCGAUUGUUCUCGACUUCUCUUUGCAGACGCGCAAUUCAAGGUUCCCAUGGGCGCUGAGCAUCUUUGAUCGUAUUUUGGUUACCAAUCAGUACCUGGUAUCCUUCAAUGUACACACACCCUCCCAGCAUCGGCUUUAUUUCGUGAGCUUUUUAUGGAUGGAAACUAGCAAGUUUGAUCUACUAUACAUGCAUGUCUAUUACUCAAUCGAAAGCGUCGCGAGGAUUGCCCUGCCCUGCCAUGCCUCAUAGAUGGUCGGGCCGAUCAGACGGAGGCUCUAAUACGGAAAGGCCAAGCUCGAACGUGCCCAAGAACACAGCGCCACCCAGGCCGAUCCAGAGCGUCCGUGGGACGAUACCUCUGAACAAUGCGCCUGGACCUUCAAUUUUCAUGAUGUGCUUUAGUGUAGGAACGAUCUUUUUG